AUGGCGCUGCCGUGCACCCUGAACAGGUAUCUGCUGCUCAUGGCGCAGGAGCACCUGGAGUUCCGCCUGCCGGAAAUAAAGUCUUUGCUUUCACUUUUUGGAGGUCAGUUCACUAGCAGUCAGGAAACUUAUGGAAAGUCACCAUUUUGGAUCCUUAGCAUUCCCUCUGAAGAAAUUGCAAGAAACUUAAUGAAACGGACAGUGUGUGCCAAGUCUAUAUUUGAGCUAUGGGGUCAUGGAAAAUCUCCUGAAGAGCUGUACAAUUCUCUUAAAAAUUACCCUGCGGAGAAGAUGAUUCCAUUUCUACAUUCAGACUCUACGUAUAAAAUAAAGAUUCACACAUUUAAUAAAACAUUGACACAAGAAGAAAAAGUCAAACGAAUAGAUGCACUUGAAUUCCUGCCAUUUGAAGGAAAAGUGAAUUUAAAGAAGCCACAACAUAUAUUCUCUAUUUUGGAGGAUUAUGGUUUGGACCCAAACCGCAUCCCUGAGAAUCCACAUAAUAUUUAUUUUGGUAGAUGGAUUGCAGAUGGACAGAGAGAGCUUAUUGAGUCAUACAGUGUCAAAAAGAGACACUUUAUUGGAAAUACAAGCAUGGAUGCUGGCUUAUCAUUCAUCAUGGCUAACCAUGGAAAAGUGAAAGCAAAUGAUAUUGUCUUUGAUCCAUUUGUUGGAACAGGUGGCCUCCUGAUAGCUUCUGCUCAUUUUGGUGCCUAUGUAUAUGGGACAGACAUAGACUACAACACGGUUCACGGUUUAGGAAAGACCAGUAGGAAAAACCAGAAAUGGAGAGGACCAGAUGAAAAUAUUAGGGCAAAUCUUCGUCAGUAUGGUUUAGAGAAGUACUACCUUGAUGUCCUGGUUUCAGAUGCGUCUAAACCUUCCUGGAGGAAGGGCACAUAUUUUGAUGCAAUUAUCACUGAUCCUCCAUAUGGUAUCAGAGAAUCUAUAAGAAGAACAGGUUCACAGAAGGAAAUACCAAAGGGGAUAGAAAAAUGUCCAGAAAGCCACGUUCCUAUUUCCUUGAGUUAUCAUCUGAGUGAUAUGUAUUUUGACCUGUUAAACUUUGCAGCUGAGACCCUGGUAUUAGGUGGAAGACUAGUCUAUUGGUUACCAGUAUAUACACCAGAGUACACGGAGGAGAUGGUGCCCUGGCACCCUUGCCUGGAACUCAUUAGCAACUGUGAGCAGAAGCUUUCCAGUCACACAUCAAGGCGCUUGAUCACAAUGGAAAAGGUGAAGAAAUUUGAGAACCGGGACCAGUAUUCACAUCUACUGAGUGAUCAUUUUCUACCAUAUCAAGGUCAUAAUUCCUUCCGUGAGAAAUAUUUUAGUGGAGUAACAAAAAGAAUUGCCAAGGAAGAAAAAUCCAGCCAGGAAUGAAAAUUAAGAUUUUGACAA